AUGGCUGACCAUGAGCAUGAGCGCGAUGAGUCUCCGUCCGGAUUCUCAGCUGGUUCAAAUCAAGAUGACAGGCAGCGAUCGCCUUCUGGAUCUUCCCUGGCCACCUCGAUCAGUUCAGCAAGCUUGCAAAAAAGCGACAAAAGCAUAGUCCAUGUUCCCUGUUACGUAAAAAGGGAGCUUCACCUCGAGGGUCUUCAAGUCGACGACUAUGGCGUCGUGCGCUGGCAGGAGAAUAGCCACGCCCACCCUCGACAAUGGUCUCUUGGUCGCAAGGCUUACGACUCGGGGCUCAUCUGCUUCCUGGAGUUCUUUGUGACCCUAAUCAGCAACACUGGCAGCUCGAUCGCCCUGGAGCAGACAGAUUUCGACAUCGGUAGGACGACAGCUCUGGUGUGCUUCACGUCAGUCUACAUGAUCGGUCAAGCUUUGGGCGGGCUUGUCUUCCCUCCUAUUGCUGAGAGCUUCGGAGGCAGGACGGUGUACGUGACCACGACCUUUGGAUAUGCGAUCUUUUGCCUCCUCAUCGCAGCAUGGCCGAUCCUACCGGUGGUGGUCAUUUGCCGGUUCGGCUCUGGAUUCCUGAGUGCGAUGCCUGCCGUAGUGGCCGUCGGUAGCAUAGAGAAUAUGUGGGACGUCCGGGCGAGGAUCUGGCUGAUCCAUCUGUGGAUUGCAACUGCUGUCCUCGGACUGGCUCUUGGCCCCCCCAGUGGCGACUUUUGUGAGCACUUCGUCGUAUGGAUGAUUCUAUCACCAAUUGUACUGACUGUCAGCAGGCAAUGGAUCUUCUACAUUGCCAGUGCGAUCGCCGCGGUAUCGACUCUUCUCUGCAUGAAGAUGAAAGAAAGUCGGCCUUCGCAGUUGCUGAAGCAGAGGGUCAAGAUCGUGGCACGAAACAUGGGCUUCGACGGCUUGUCCUGUGACGAUACUGAUUCGAUUCCUGAUUUUAGAACAUUUGUGAAGGCAUCGUUAUCACUCCCAAUGCGACUCUUCUUCACCGAGCCAAUCGUCAUGCUUACCUCGAUCAUGGCUGCAACGGUUUACGGAGUAACAUACCUGUUCUCCGAGGCGUUCCCAGUUAUCUAUACUGAGGGGUGGGGAUUCUCCCAUCGAGAAGCUUCGCUGGUCUUCAUCGCGAUCGCAGCGGGUCUUGCUUUCACGUUCCUUCCAAGACUGUUCGAUAUCCGCGUCACAAACGGGCGAAGGAGGGCUGACCAGGUCAUCGAGCCAGAGGACAAGCUGUUCGGGUUUUAUGUUGCAGCUCCCGUGCUGGCCAUUGGAUUGUGGUGGUUCGCGGCCACCGUCCCACCACUGGUUCGCGGUAUCACACCAUGGGCAUCGAUCAUCUCCGUAGGCCUGUUCGGAUUUGCAGUGGUAGAAUUCGACGCAGUCUUGAGCGGGUAUCUCACUGAUACCUACGCCUCCUAUGCAGGGUCAGCUAAUGCUCCGAUGGCAUUCUUGAGAGCAAUGUUCUCGGCCGUCUUUCCACUCUUCGGCACACAAAUGUUCGAACGACUUGGCGCGAACUAUGCGCUGUUCAUUCUGGCAGUUAUCGCCACAGCUUAUUGUGCCGUUGCAGGACUGUUCGGAGCAUACGGCAAGCGCAUUCGACAACGCAGCCCUUUCGCCGAGCGCACCUGGGCGGUGACCGUGGCCAGUCAGCAGGCGGGACGUAUAGCGACCUCUUUACAGGAGCCAGAGAAGUGCCUGGAUAUGGGUCGAAGCUUCUAA